GCGGCGGGAUCCAGCCGGGGAUGCUGCGGCUCGGCACUGGGCUGAGGCAGCUCGGAGCAGGAGCGGGCAAGCGUGGCUCCGCUCGGUCUUCAGGCGCCGAGAUGCCUAAGAAAGCUGGUGCGGCGAGCAAGGGUAAAAAUCAGAGCAAGGAACCAGAGGGACCACUUCCUUCCUUAGGCCCUGUGGCAGCAGACCCUAAAGGUUGUGUCACCAUAGCCAUCCAUGCCAAACCUGGCUCCAAACAAAACGCGGUCACAGACUUGACAACUGAAGCAGUAAGUGUUGCCAUCGCAGCCCCGCCCACGGAAGGAGAGGCUAAUGCUGAGCUCUGCCGUUACCUUUCCAAGGUCUUAGAACUCAGGAAGAGCGAUGUGGUUCUGGAUAAGGGUGGUAAAUCUCGCGAAAAGGUGGUGAAGCUUUUGGCCUCUACAACUCCAGAAGAAAUCUUAGAGAAAUUAAAAAAGGAAGCUGAAAAAAAAUAAAAGCAAAACUGAGAAGUACAUCUUCAAAGGAUUUUUAAAAAUUGUUUAUGAAGAGGCUGCGAAACAGGGAAAUAUGUGUAAGUGUACAAACUAAUGUGAAGGGAAUGGUAUGUACAAAAACACACACACCAGAGACUUAGCACCAUACAUUGAAAACACUGUAAAAUUCCACACUCCAGAUAGCCUGAGCACCAUUCCUCUGGCUUUAUGGUGUCACAAGAUGGGUUCGAAGGCUGGUUAGAGCCAUCUAACUGUGCCUUUACAGACUCACUACAGACCUCUGGAGAAGGUCAGAAAUAAACUCACCCAGGAAUGUGUUUAUUCCUUUACCUUGCAAAAUAAAAGCAAGCAUUCUCUGCUA